AUGCGACUACCGCGUGCGACUGUCACCUGCAAUGGAGUGUUUGUUCGACAAUUGCUGAGUAAGGCGCUGCAUGUGGCGAGACAGCUCAGAAAGGCUGGUCAAUCAGUGGAUGUCUUUUCAGAGGAGACCAAGAAGGUGCACAAGGGCUUCAAAUACGCCGAUCGCGUGAACGCCACACGCGUGGCCUUCGUGGCUCCGGGGGAGUGGGAUCAAGGCCUUGUCACCAUUAAGGACCUGAGAAACUUCAAAGAAGACGACCCCAAGGAAGUGAAGCAAAAGGAUAUCCCUCUGCAGGACCUGGCAAACUUCGCGUCCUACUUCCAGCUGCCCGGGGCGCCUGCGCCAACACCGGCGGCCGCACCGGCGGCGAUGGCGGUGGCAACGGCUGCGGCGCCGUCAAAGGGGCCCAAUGGAUCAUCUGAUUUGGAGGCGACCUUGGCGGAUCAACCAUAUCUCUCCGGCUACACGGCUACAGCUGCUGAUCGACAGUUGUAUGAGAAGAUGAAAGCCGAUGCAGGCUGUCCCAGCAGCACUGCCUUGCGCCGAUGGUAUCUUCACAUAGGCUCCUUUUCGCAGAGCGAGCGAUUGAGUUGGAAAUAGAGGUUGGUGUGAGAUCCGUGUAGCUAGUGUGGUUGUCUGCUGAAAUGCAGUGAACCCUUACUGGACAGAGGCUUCAAGUUGUUUUCGUCGUC